AUGAUACCAAUCAUGCAGAGAGAAGUCAACACCUUUGUAGAUGUGGUAUGGAACUGUCACAGAAUCUGUGAGCAAAGAGACACUUUCCUACCUGAUGGAGUGCCCAAUCACAUGUACAGUUUUCCAGAUAAAUAUGGACUGGAGGACCGUGGUAGGUAUCUGUGUAAUUUUUUUUACCAGGGUUCUACUUUUGAUCAGUGUCAGGAUUCCAAGUAAAAACUGGCAAAAGGGCAGUAGGGAUCCAAGAGUCAAAUAUAGGCAAAGUCGUGAAAAGGUAUGACAACUUACAAACUAAGUGAAUCAAAGUGAAUCUCAAACAUCAUUCGCUAACUCAAGUCACGUGCAAUGAUUGUGUGACAGUAGUCAAGCCCCCUGGAAGUGAUUGUCAAUUUGAAAAGUGGAACUGCAAAAUAGCUUCUUAUUUCAGAUUUAUGGGGUUUCUGCAGUACAUGACAAGCUUCUAAAAAAUCCUGCUUUAACAACCACUAUUGUAUAUUGUUUUUAUUCACUUUUUUGAAAUAUUCCCAAACUACUAUUUUGUGGGUUUUGUAAAAAAAAUUUGAGUCACCUUCAUUAAGCACUAGUACCUAUUUUGAAGGAUAUGAAGUCACAGAGGAACAGCUAGAAGAAGUUGCGGAGCCUUCAGAAGUUCUCACCAGCAAUGAUGAUUACUUGAGUGCUGAGUUCAGGAAUAAAUGUGAACAAGUAAUCCCUGAUCCAUUAGAGAUUGAUGUCAGUGAUUUUGCACAUGCUUUUCGGUGUCUCAAAGAAAAUGUAGAUAUACAUACAUAACAAGACGAUGCAAGGAGAUUGCAAGAUCAAAGGAAUUUAACAGAACAUAGCUGAAUAGGCCAUUUUACUGUCAUGUCAAGCAAGUGACCUGACCUUAAACAGUGGUGAGGCUGAAGUUCACCUUGUUUCAUAAACAUUGUGGUUUUGUGUGUACCAGCUACUUAGCAUAAAAACACCACAAGAAAUAAAACUUCUAAAUUUCCCUCUCCACCUCCCGCCCCCAAUAAACUAAAGAUGGACUGGUCGAUAGACCACUUCUGAGUUCCAAAAACCGUCACUUCCAAAAUGACACCAAGUGCACAUCCUUUGUUGUGGAAAUGAGAUUUAUUCCCAUGAGAAUAAAGAAUCACUCCCAUAUCAAAGGCUGAGCACUUAACUUCCUUUUGAUACAGAGGCCAGGGGUAACUCAGAAUUGGCCUAUUUUAAGAUGGCACUUGGCCACUAAUUAAGUCAACUUGUGAGGCCCCCUUUCAGGGUGAAUUCUGACAUCCCACAUGGCCUUGAAACAGUGACACAAGGCAGAUGAAAUAGCACCAUAGACAUGAAGAUGAAUAUCAAAACCUGUGACCACAUUGAGAAAAAUCACAAGUACAAGAGUAAAAUACUGACAUCCAUGUCUCCUUUUCAAUUCAUGAAACUAACACUUGUGAAUUCAGGUAUAGGGACAUAAUUACGCACCCUAAGAGGGAAUCUUAUCGAAAGAAAAACUUAUAAAACAAAACCCAAAAUUUAACAGUUGAUUGGAAGAUUACAGUGUACUGGGUUUAGACACUCGAAUGCAGUUAAUUGUAAUAGAUAGAAGUAAUCACUGUACUUGUGGCAGGCAAUGAAGUUCCGUAUGUGAGCCUGGGACAGAUUACCUUUACUAAACUGCAUGAUUCUGGGCUCUAGCUCCUUAAAGACGAC